CGUGCGCAUUGCGAUGUGAGUAUGGGGAACGUGAUGGUAGAAGUUCUCAGAUCACCGCAAAUUAUCCAAACUACCAGUAGUUCGUCUCAGGAUCAACAGUUCUCAAAGAAGAAAGAUUUCCUAUGCCUCGACGACGAAGUAGACUUAGAUCGAAACCAAGAAGGGCAGGAGGAAGAUGAGACUUGUUUUUUACCCACUUCUAGUAUCGCAGUCCAUCUCGUCGACCCGGACCGCAUGGGCGCUUGUAGUUUUUACAAUAGACGCGAAUCUGUGAGGGACUUGGUACGUUUGUCGAAGCUUUUUUUCUUUAUUUUCCGCAGACUUCUUGUUCCUGUUGUACAGCGUGUCGUGGAAUUAAAGAGGCCUAUUGCCUUAGUGCUGAGAACAAAAGUAGCAGCGGGAAAGCCCAGAGAACAAGAGAUCAAUGCCAGAAUAGCAAGGAGUAGGAGUAGUGCUGAAGGAAGACACGACAUGAAGGUUCAGGUGGGCACUCCUACCCUUGCAGCAAAUGUGGGGCAGCCAUCUUCUACAUCAGACCCUGGAAAAGUAAAAGCACCCACUUUUAAGGCUUGGGAGUUGACCUAUCAUCUAAGAGCGUCUCUAUGUCUUCUUCAAGUAGGAAAGCCACAGAUAUGCGAGCUAGAGAUGCCAACUGUCAACCCCUAACGCUUCCAGUAAGACCUACAUCAACUACCCUCUCUGGUGGAUCUUCGUAGAACAACCUCUAGCCAGCUAUUAUCCAAAUGGUGUUGAUCCAGUGGAAUCCGGCGGACCGCUCAGCACGAAGAUGCCGUCAUUUGAUUUGAGUUUUCUAUCACGAUUACCGAUGUUACCGAAUAUGGGAAGAAUAUUUGAUUUUGAAACUGGUACGAGACCUCCACCUAGGACCUCCGUUGUAUCGGAAAUACUUGAAUUAGUAUUAGCGGCGACACAGAAUGUUGAACUCCACAAAGGAGCGACUAUCGUAUCAGCAGCAGAUCAAGCAAUUGCGUCUGCCGCAGGACUCUUCACCACCAUGAUUCCGAUAGGUCGACGAGCUCACAGGAUGUUCGGGGAGAAAAAGCCUCCAACGUCCACAUCUGAAGAAGAAGACUGGCUUGAAGCGAGGAGAGCUGAAAUGGUGGAUGCAUUAGAAGAGACGAUGCUAGGGAUUGAGAAGUGGCUCGAGGCAUAUGGAGAGAGAACAUCAUGGAACACCACGAGUAGCUCUAAGACUAGGAGAGCAGGCGCAGGUGCAGGAAAAAGUAGAACAACAACGACUAGGAGUCCAAACAGGACUCAGCAUCAGAACAACAGGCAGGAAGAGGAACAGGUAGCUGAAGAAAGUGCGGAGUCGGAUGCUCCUAAGCAGAACAAGGCUGUGAUGAAAAAGAGCGGGUGGCAUCACCUAGCCAUUCUCUGGCCACAUGGACUAGCACAUAGAAGACAAGUUCGGGAGGCACUUCAGAGAGCUCCCGGAUUUAGUCUUCUCAGAGAACAAGAGUUGAGGUUUUCAUCUGAGGAAGGCCUGGUCGCACCGUCACCACAACGAAUCGAAUCUAGAACUAGCAAAUCCCCCGAUUUCCACGACCCCCCAUUGCUCCCCUUACCCCAGUUACUGCGCAGACACCGUCGAAAUCUAGCAGGCAUCUGUCCUCAUAUGCAGUCCAGUUUGGUCGAUUUCGCACAGCUACUGUACGAAGGUCAUAUGCUGGCGAGAACGGAAGGAGAGCAGUUUCAUGAAAGACGGCACAUUUUGCAUAAGGCAAAUCAGAUGUCAAAAUGGGUUGAAACAAAAUGGAGGGACGAGUGCUAUAACGUGACGAUGCUGGUCGUGAAGACCCUGAAUAGUAUUAAGCGUAGGUUAAUAAAGGUGCUUUUGUUCACGUCUCUACGGUCACCAUGAACGGUGAUAACAGGGACAAUAGCAUGCAUGCUUUUGUUACCGUUUGUUAUGGCUCUCCUAAGGGGGACAGCCAUAACAAACAGGACACACGAACACCAAGCCCCUACCUCUAAUAGUACAACUAGUAGUGCAUCUGCGUCUUCCUUCAGUCAGAAAGUAGAAGAUGAUGAUCGCGAAUGUGACCGCUUUCAGAUCCAGCUAGCAGAGAACCACUACGAAACUUCGAUCCCAUCCAGAUCAUACUCCACAUCCACUUCAACUAGAUCUUUCUGUGACAGCGCGUAUGCCGCAGUGGCUUUUACAGUUUAUGACGAGCUUCCAGAGCCAGCGAAGGCUACGCGAAUUUUCGGAGAAGGACUACUGAACAAGCGUCUGGAUGAUUUAAAGCGUAAAAUGCGAAACACGUUCAACGGUAAUUUCCUCCAUACCACAGAUGGCCCAGAUGAAUGGGCGAGACUCAAGCAUUUGAGUUUGUUAGGGGUGCAAGAUUUUUAGAGUUGUACUAUGUUGACUUAGAAACUACUAAUUUGGUAGUUUACGUAACAGUAACUUCUCUUUGGCUAUUGGUUUUUCGGUGCUUGUAUAUCUUAAUCUUGAGGCAAGUGCAGUUCGUUCUUGUAGAGCUUCUUCUAUUUUUUUACUUCUGUAAGUAGUAAAUCAAAUAUUGCUAUUCCUUCGUGAGUAGGUUCGGUGUUGUAAUUGUUCUUCUGUCUUGCAGCUUUGCAUCAAUAUCUUGGUCUUGGGUCGUUUAUUCUUUAUUCUUCAGUGUUGACAUUAUUCCCGAACAUAUUGAUUUCAGAUCAGUGUACAUAACAGUCUUAGUAUGAUAAAACCAAAAGUGACUAGUGCUCAAGCUCAUCAGAUUCUAGUGAUAAUAGACAUUGUUGUUGUUUUCUCAUGCUGAUCCCAUUUUGAUUUUUCUCAUGUUGCUGAUUUGUCCUUUGUCUUCUUCUUUGGUUACAGACAAAUACAUCGAGUACUGGUACUCAGACUCAAAUGUUCUUUAUCAAGCUAACUUCAACUAGUAGAGCAUGAGACUGCACUGGCUACGUCCUCGCGUAUGCGAUUGAAGGGAAGUAUUUCUGACCACCAGUAUGAUUGCCACUCUGGUGAAAACAAGAACAGCAACGCUGCUUGAGUGGAC